CGAAAGCAUUGAAAAAACAUUCUCAUUUGCAUUUUCAGUCUUCCCACUUCCACUCAGUCAAAACGACAUUAUCAUCGUCAUCAUCGUCAUGAUGCAGCCGGAAAACUCUGAACUCUACCGCUUUCUUGCCCAAAACGGCGUCGAAUACUUCGGCUAUCCCGGUGCUUCUUGUCAUGACUUCUCUAAUCAUCCUUUGCUUCAACAGCAGCAGAGUUUCUGCAGUUCAUCCUCCUCCUAUUACCCCCUGGAGGUUUCAGGAAUCACCGAUACGACGCCGCAGGAUAGAGCUCUUGCCGCCUUGAAGAAUCAUAAGGAAGCUGAAAAGAGAAGGAGGGAGAGAAUUAACUCUCAUCUCGAUAAGCUCAGAACUAUUCUUCCGUGUAAUUCUAAGAUAGACAAAGCUUCUCUCCUGGCAAAGGUGGUUCAACGAGUGAAAGAACUUAAACAACAAACUCUUGAGCUCACAGACCUCGAAUCCUUCCCAUCGGAAACCGAUGAAAUUACGGUGCUUUCGGGCAAUUACACUAGCGAUGGAAGAUUGAUCUUCAAGGCCUCUUUGUGCUGCGAGGAUCGAUCUGAUCUUUUACCCGACAUUAUUGAGAUACUAAAAUCUCUUCAUUUAACCACAUUGAAAGCAGAAAUGGUUACAUUAGGAGGAAGAAUCCGGAAUGUCCUUAUCGUCGCAGCCGAGAAAGAUCACAGCAUCGAAUCAGUCCAUUUCUUGCAAAAUGCAUUAAAAUCUUUGCUUGAAAGAUCUAAUACUAGUGAACGGUCUAAAAGAAGACGAGUAUUAGAUCAGAAAGUAAUGAUCUAAUGCUUCAUUUCUUUUUAAUUUUUUCUUCAUGUUUCAAUUCAAGGUUUAGUGUGUCUGAGCUUUUUGUAAUUCUAGUUGUGUGGGUUUGUUUUAUUUAACCCAAGAAAAAGGAAUUUAGAAAGGAAAAAAAAUUAACUUUGUCAGGCUAUGGUUUUAGUUAUUGUAUGAUAAUCUUCCUCCAUGGGUAAAAAGUGAGAGAAUCUAAGAAUCCCUCUGUGAUGAAGAUGAAGAAAUUUGUACGUAAUGUGUCUCUAAAAGAAAUGUUUCUGUGAUUUCCCGAGUUUCAUAUA